AUUCUUUCCUGUGGGGAGACGAGGGAAGAGAGACCAAAAAGGAGAAGAGCUGGAAUCACAUGGGUGCUGUUUUCUUGAUGGGUCCUCCCUCUUUCUCUAUCUAAUUCUUUCCUUACCGACAAUUAUGAACACUGAACCAUAAAAAGAAAAACCUAAUCAAAAGCUAAAUUCUUCUUCUUCCUCAUCUCCUUCUGGUUUGAUUUCCUGUCGGAGUUUUAUUUCAUCAGUAUUAUGGCCGACGAUAAGGACAUGUCAGAUCCUGUAAUGGAUGGGAAUGGUGCUGUCACGGGUCACAUAAUUUCCACCACCAUAGGGGGUAAAAAUGGAGAACCCAAGCAGACAGUAAGUUAUAUGGCAGAGCGAGUGGUGGGGACGGGCUCAUUUGGAAUAGUUUUUCAGGCAAAGUGCCUGGAAACUGGGGAGAAUGUCGCUAUUAAGAAGGUCUUGCAAGAUAGAAGAUACAAGAACCGGGAACUGCAGUUAAUGAGGACAAUGGAUCAUCCAAAUGUUGUUUCUCUGAAGCAUUGUUUCUUUUCAACUACGAGCAAAGAUGAGUUGUUUCUCAAUUUGGUAAUGGAAUAUGUUCCGGAAACCAUGUAUCGGGUCGUGAAGCACUAUAGCAACACCAACCAGAGAAUGCCACUGAUCUACGUGAAACUUUAUACAUACCAAAUUUUCAGGGGGCUGGCUUACAUGCAUACAGUUGCUGGAGUAUGCCACAGGGAUUUGAAGCCUCAAAAUGUCCUGGUUAAUCCUCUUACUCAUCAGGUUAAAAUAUGUGAUUUUGGAAGUGCAAAAGUACUAGUGAAAGGGGAAGUAAACAUAUCAUACAUUUGUUCACGGUUUUAUCGGGCUCCUGAACUGAUUUUUGGUGCAACAGAGUAUACUACCGCAAUUGAUAUGUGGUCUGCUGGCUGUGUACUUGCCGAACUUCUUCUUGGACAACCACUGUUUCCGGGGGAAAAUGCUGUGGGCCAGCUCGUGGAAAUUAUCAAGGUUCUUGGAACUCCAACCAGGGAGGAGAUUCGUUGUAUGAAUCCAAACUAUACUGAUUUUAGGUUUCCUCAAAUAAAGGCACAUCCGUGGCACAAGGUCUUUCACAAACGGAUGCCUCCAGAAGCAAUUGACCUUGCCUCCCGGUUGCUGCAAUACUCACCCAGUCUUCGUUGCACAGCUCUAGAAGCUUGUGCACAUCCUUUCUUUGAUGAGCUUCGAGAACCUAAUGCUCGACUGCCAAAUGGUCACCCAUUUCCACCUAUAUUCAACUUCAAACAGGAGUUGUCUGGAGCGUCACCGGAUCUGAUCAACAAGCUUAUUCCCGAUCAUGUGAAAAGACAAAUGGGACUACAGUUUUUUGCAUCCCCCGAGGGCAUGACGUGAACUGGAGCAUUAUCGAGUUUUGCUUGUUAGUAGUUAACACGAGGUGGAUAAAUCAUCUCUUAAGUGAGGUUAGCCCCAGCAGCAGCAUCUCCUGGGCUACAAGGAUAAGUAAACUAAAGGGCAGCUAUGAGGCUACUACAAAUUAUUUCUCUAUACCUUCCUGUUUCAUAUUCCUUCUUCCUUUUUUGUGCAACAAUCUCAUCAGUCCCUCUCUAAGCGGCACCCAGGAAAAGGGAAAGAUUGGGUUGUAUAUGUUCGGUAGUAACUGACGAGCAAGUUUCCAGCAGACGAAUGUCAAGUGUAUGAAUCGGUAAAUUGUAAAUGUACCAAAAGCAGCAGCCGGAACAAGAAUGGUGUUGACUAUUUUUGUUCGUUUGAUCUGCUUCUGUUGUGUUUCUAUAUAUGUAUUUACUUCAUAAGUUUCUCUCUAUUUGCUUGAUUGUUUUCACCCCCUA